UCCAAAAUGGCUACUGUGACUCAAAAACUCGUGAAAGUUGCCGUUGGACUUGUAACUGGCGGUUUAUUCGCCCAUAAAUCAGCAGYACACUUAUUUCCUGACUUGCUUUGUAGAAAUGCAGAAUCGAAACAAAAAAGUGCUGAACAGCCAUCCCAARGURUUCCUGUUCCURACCGYUGUCAAAUCCAGUUGAAAAAAGUUCUAAGAAAGCUUGGUACAGAAGGUGACUUUGAAAACAUCAAGUUAUUCAUCUGUGAUGGUUUAAGUCCUAUAUCUGCUGGUGCAGUUUGGCUUCCGGGGGGUGCAGUCAUUGGGCUUCCAAAGUAUUUCCUUUUUGAAAAAGAGGAGGAUAUCAUGGCUUCUGGGCUUACAUUCAGAAACAGAGCAGUAAAUUGGAACACUAAACUUGGUCAACAACUUGCAAAGUCRCUUUUUGCAACAGAUGAUAAUAUUGCCUUUCUUAUUGGGCAUGAAUUAAGUCACAUACAAAGGAAUGAAAUGUUUGGUGGGACUUUAGCUCCAGUUUGGUUUUAUUGUACUUACAAGGCUACCUUUGGAAAUGCAAAGUUCUUAGCAAGUAGAUCAAACUUGGCUUCUUUUGCAGUUAAAKUCUCAUUUUGUUUUGUGAGUUAUGUGAUGUACAAUUUGACAGCAAUAAGGAUAAAGUUUCARCAAGAGUACUCUGCCGACAGACGCUCUGCUGAACUGGAUGUCAAUAUGGCCUUGGGGGGAGUUGAUAUUACUCUUAAAAGACUAAAACUGAAUUCUGUGUUGAGAGUUCUGUACGGUAGUGAUGGGAAGAAAAUGUUCUCRAAAGAUGGUGAWUUUCUCAAGAAUUACACCCAUCCCAAGUUGACGAAAAGGUUGAGGUUGCUUGAGGARAUCGYGGCAGAGAAAAUGGGAAAAAUAUAUCCAAACCAAAGUAAAUAAACUAUUUUUGAUGGAUCUAAUGGACUCAUUGUCCUAGGUUUUGUUUGUCCUACAUUUCAGACAAUAGGAUCAUAAUCCUCUUGUCAUCAAAGCUUGAGUAUAGUUUCAUAAAAAUGCAUCCUAGUAAAUCAAAGAAUUCUAAUGUUGCGCGACUGAAAUGUAACAUACAUUGUUCAAGCCCUGUACAUUUGAAAAAUCUUUAACCAAAACCACCAAACAUUGUUGAGCAAUCUCUGCUGUUGGAUCAUCAUGCAAUCAAUUCAUACAAGUGACCAAACAGCUAAAAUCAUUGCACUUUCAAACAAGGUGACAUAACAGCAAGAUUUAGGUCAACCAACAUUUUAUGUGGUGCUUGGUGUUCUAUCAUUUUUCUGGUGCAGGGUUAAACGGUUCAGAUUUCAAUUUUCCCACCAAACSCCGGUGAGUCAAAAUUAGUUAAUAUAUAAAUUUUGCCGUGAGUGUAUUUGAAAUAAAAAUUGAAGUUACUUUU